GACAGAAACCAUCAGACGGAGAGACAGGCAGACAGACAGACAGACAGACAGCAUCAGAGGCUGCACUUGUUCACACGUGAACUUAUCCUGCGGAUUAUUUUCUUCUUUCCGAAAUACUCUGUAGGAAGUACUUAAAGAGUAGAAAGUGAAGUAUUGUCUCUGAAGCAGCGAUGAAGGAGCAGAAGCUGGAAGAGGAAGUGAUGAAGGUGAAGGAGCAGAAGCUGGAAGAGGAAGUGAUGAAGAUUCUGGAGGAAGCCCCGAACGCCAGAAAGGCUCUGCUGGAAAACUACGACAACCUGCUGAACGUGGCCGACUACUGCUACAACAACUACAUACAGUCAGGUGACGGCAGCCUGGCCGCGUUGGAGGAAACAAAGAACUUCACCACGCGGUCUCUGGCCAGCGUGGCGUACCAGAUCAGCUGUCUGGCCAGCAGCGUGCUGAGUCUGCUUGAUGCUCAGAACAAUCAGCUGCGUCACAUGGAGUCCUCCAUCAACCUCAUUGGUCAGACGGUGGAGAUGCACAAAGAGAAGGUUUCUCGGAGAGAGAUUGGCGUCUUCACGGCGGUCAGACGCGUCCCGCGCAGCCACAAGAUCCUGCCCCCCCCUCAGCUUCCGGCUGGGACUCAAGCCCGCCCCCCGUACAGCCGCCGGCCAAUCAGCUACCAGCAGCUGGACAGCCUGGGACACGGCAUGAAGGUCUCUGGGAAACAGUCGGAGCGAACAGGAACCAUCCGUAAACACGGCGCCUCCACCAGGUCCAACAAACCCCCAGAGCCGGUGCAGUGUCCCGUGGCGCCCCCUGUCAGCGGCUCUAGUUUUGGGAAACCUGUGGCUCCGCCCACCAUCCCCUCCACCUACCAGGCUCCACCUGAGAGUGACAUCAUCAGCACGCUGCCGCUCGAUGCCCUGCCCCCUCCUCCUCCUCUCCCUCACGAUGAUGUCACUGACGCCCCGGCCCCGCCCCCUCCACCUCCUGAUUUACCCGGAGAGAUGUCGGCCUUGCCCCCCCCUCCGCCUCCCCCUCCUCCUUCAGUGACCAAUCACAGCGCAGCACCACCACCGGCUCCACCCCUAAGCCUAGAGACAGUGGUGGAGGAGAGCAGCUUCCCCCCUCCCUCUCCUCCCCCCCCUCCUCCCUCUGAUGAUGACGGCUUCCCUCCGCUGCCCAAUGAGCUGCCAGCCCCUCCACCUCCACCUCCACCCAGCCAGGAAGUAGAUGAUCUGGAGCUCCCAGCCAUGCCCCCUCCUCUCCUAUUGGACGAUCUCGGAGGGUUUGAUGACCUCAUGCCUCCCCUCCCUCCACCGGUAGACUACGACACGGACGAGCCCCCACAAUACCUUGAGAAAGUGGCGGCGCUGUACAGCUACGAGGCAUCCAAACCAGACGACCUGUCGCUCACCCCCGGCGACGUCAUCUACCUGACGCAUCGCCACGCUGACGGCUGGUGCGAGGGGGUUCUCCACGGCAACCGGGGCUUCUUCCCCGAGAACUACGUCCAAUCAUGUGGCUGAAGACUGAAGCCCCGCCCUCUACAACAGGAAACACAGGAAGUCUUUUAGGAACAUUUAGUUACAUAUAUAAUAUAAUAAUAUAAUAUAAACACACAUAUAUAUAUAUAUAUAUAUAUAUACACAGAGAGAG